CUGCUGGGCGAGGACACCGGCGGCGGGGACCGCGAGGGGGACCCCGAGCAGGAUCCCGACGCGACGCUCCCCGAAUUCUUGGACGUGGCGGUCGGCGGCACCUUCGACCGGCUCCACGGCGCCCACCGGCUCCUGCUCAGCGCCUGCUGCCUCCUGGCACGGCGGCGGCUCCUGGCUGGGGUGGCCGACGGAGACCUGCUCCGCCACAAGGUUCUGCCGGAGCUGAUCGAGCCCUACGAGCUGCGGGCAGCAAAGCUCCGCGAGUUCCUGGAGGACGUGAAGCCCUCGCUGAGCUACGACAUCGUGCCUCUGGCCGACCCCUUCGGCCCCUCAGUCACAGACCCCGACCUGCAGUGCCUGGUGGUCAGCGAGGAGACCCGCCGGGGAGGGGAGGCUGUGAAUAGGAAGAGGCUUGAAAACGGGCUCCCUGAGCUGGCUCUCCAUGAGAUCCAGUUGAUGAAGGACCCUGACCACCGACAGAACGAGGAGGAGAAGAUCAGCUCCUCCAGCCUCCGGCAGAGGCUGCUGGGGACGCUGCUGCAGCCCCCACGGCGAGACCCGGCCUUGCCAUCACGCCCGUAUGUGAUUGGGCUCACUGGGGGCACUGGGAGUGGGAAAACCUCCAUCGCCAAACUCCUGGGGCACCUGGGCGCCUUUGUCAUCGAUGCCGACAAGCUGGGCCACGCCGUCUAUGUCCCUGGUGGCCCGGCCUACGAGCAGGUGGUGGCAGUCUUUGGGGCAGAGAUCUUGAAUGAAGAUGGGACGAUUAACAGGAAAGUCCUUGGGGCCAAAGUGUUUGGAAACCAGGAGCGGCUGAAGAGCCUGACAGACAUUGUGUGGCCUGAGAUAGCCCGGAUGGCGAGGGAGCAGAUCCGGGAGGCCGACUCUCAAGGGAAGGCCGUGUGUGUGCUGGAUGCUGCUGUGCUGCUGGAGGCCGGGUGGCAGGACAUGGUCCACGAGGUGUGGACAGCCAUCAUCCCAGAGGAGGAGGCCGUGAGGCGCAUUGUGGCCAGGGAUGGGCUGAGCGAGGAGGCCGCUCGCUGCCGGCUGCAGAGCCAGAUGACCAACAGGCAGCGGGUGGAGUGGGCGCAGGUGGUGCUCUGCACCCUCUGGGAGCCAGAUGUCACCCGGCAGCAGGUGCAGAAGGCCUGGGACCUGCUGCAGCAGCGUUUGCACCCAGAGCCCGGCCACGACCCCCACCUGUGAGGGGCAGUCCUGCACGGCCCUGGGAGGAUCCGUGUCCACCACUGCCCUGCGAGAGCCGGCGGACGGAGCAGCGCGGGACCGAGCCCACCGAGCCCGUCUGGCUCCACAGAGGGGCCGGGGCAUCCUGACUUCCCCCAGUGCGGGGGACCCUGCAGGGCUGAGCCCCGCUGGGUGCCAGUAAAGAGGCUGCUCCCACUGUG